GAAGUGCACUUGUUCUAGUUUGAAGUGCUUGUAGCUGGCGCAAAAAAAAAGGGGAGCAGGAUGUAGCGGCACAAGUAUCGGGCUCGCUUCACAUCAGUCCGGCCAUCCUCUCGCUCUUUAUGUCGACGCGGUGAGUCAGGUCUGGGGGAUGGGUGUAGUAAGGGCUGGUUGCAGAGACGACUAACGGUUGAAAAAUGUCCAACAUCCUCGAUGCGGCGUCUAAAGUGAGAUGGGACCGCACGGCCGCGGCGAAGCGAGCCGUGUUUCUUGCGGCUGCUGCAUACGGUGUCAGAACGCUGUACCCCAUCAUCUGCAAGCAGCUCUGCAAAAACAAAGGUCCUGGGAGCAAUCACCGGGCUUCAAAGGCGGAGAACGGCUCCACUUGCUCGGGAAAGACUCAAACGGAUGCUGUGAUUGAUAGGAAACCAUCCCCGGGGGUGAAUACUGAGUUUUUCAUGCAGAUCCUGGAACUUGGUAAAAUCCUCUUUCCCAAGCUCGUUUCCAGAGAGCUCGCUUUGCUCUCUUUGCACUCGGUGGCGCUGAUAUCUAGGACGUUUCUCUCUAUUUACGUUGCCAGCUUGGACGGCAAGAUAGUCAAAACGAUCGUGGAGAAAAAACCCAAACGCUUCAUCAUCCAGCUGAUCAAAUGGCUCCUCAUUGCAAUCCCGGCCACGUUCGUCAACAGCGCCAUCCGGUACCUGGAGUGCAAACUGGCUCUGGCCUUCCGCACCCGGCUAGUGAACCAUGCCUAUCGGACCUACUUCACCAAUCAGACCUACUACAAAGUCAGCAACAUGGACGGGAGGCUCGCCAACCCGGACCAGUCUCUCACCGAGGACGUGAUGAUGUUCUCCCAGUCCGUGGCCCAUCUCUAUUCUAACCUCACCAAGCCUAUACUGGAUGUGAUGCUGACCUCCUACACGUUGAUUCAGACCGCCAGGUCCAGGGGGGCCAACGCCUCCGGUCCGACCCUGCUGGCAGGGCUCGUGGUGUUUGCCACGGCUAAAGUCCUGCGUGCAUGCUCGCCCAAAUUUGGCAAGCUGGUGGCCGAAGAGGCUCACAGGAAGGGCUACCUGCGCUAUGUGCACUCUAGGAUCAUUGCUAAUGCUGAGGAAAUAGCUUUCUACAGAGGACACAAGGUGGAGAUGUGUCAGCUGCAGAAGUGCUACCGGGCUCUGGCAGACCAGAUGAACCUGAUCCUGUCCAAACGGCUCUGGUACAUCAUGAUCGAGCAGUUCCUCAUGAAGUACGUGUGGAGCGGCGCCGGGCUCGUCAUGGUGGCCGUGCCCAUCAUCACAGCCACCGGCUUCGCUGACAGCGAAACAGCUGACGGUCAGACCCAGGUGAUGGUGAGCGAGAGAACAGAGGCGUUCACCACCGCACGUAACCUCUUGGCCUCAGGAGCUGAUGCCAUCGAGAGGAUCAUGUCCUCCUACAAAGAGGUCACGGAGCUGGCAGGCUACACUGCGAGGGUCCACAACAUGUUUGUCGUAUUCGAGGAUGUCCAGAAGGGCAUUUACAAGCGCUCUUCUGUGUCAGCCACAACAACGACGGAGAAGAAGAGCAAGCCUGAGAUGCACAUAGACGGACCGCUGGAAAUAAAGGGCGAAGUGAUUGAUGUGGACAAGGGCAUCGUGUGUGAGAACGUCCCGAUUAUCACACCAAACGGAGACGUUGUAGUAUCUUGCCUAAACUUCAAGGUGGAAGAGAGCAUGCACCUACUGAUCACAGGGCCUAAUGGUUGUGGAAAAAGCUCUCUGUUCAGGAUCCUCGGCGGCUUGUGGCCUGUCUACGGCGGCCGGCUACACAAACCCUCCCCUCAGCAUAUGUUCUACAUCCCUCAGAGGCCGUACAUGUCAUUAGGUUCACUGCGGGACCAGGUGAUCUACCCAGACUCGGUGGAGGACAUGGCUGCCAGAGGGAUGAGUGACAAGGACCUAGAGGUCAUCUUAGCCAUAGUCAACCUCAAUCACAUUGUCAACAGAGAGGGAGGCUGGGAUGCUGAGCUGGACUGGAAGGAUGUGUUGUCAGGAGGUGAGAAGCAGAGGAUGGGUAUGGCCCGCAUGUUCUACCACAGGCCUAAAUAUGCCUUGUUGGAUGAGUGCACCAGCGCUGUGAGCAUUGACGUGGAAGGAAAGAUUUUCCAGGCUGCCAAAGAUGCCGGCAUCUCCCUGCUCUCCAUCACACACAGACCCUCCCUGUGGAAGUACCACACCCACCUGCUGCAGUUUGACGGGGAAGGAGGCUGGCGCUUUGAGCAGCUGGACACGGCAACGCGCCUCUCCCUCACCGAGGAGAAGCAGCGGCUGGAGACCCAGCUGGCCGGCAUUCCCGAGAUGCAGAAUCGCCUCAACGAGCUCUGCAAGAUCCUCGGAGAUGACUCUGUCCUAAAAACAGCUGAGGAGUGAGGGGGGAGGUGUGAGAAGAGAUCCGAGGGGGUAAAGGAGGAUUGAGACGAGGAGAAAAGAAGAAGCUGGGGGUGGUGGAGGAGGUGCGAGGCAAUGAAAAGGCAAAGAAAUCAGUUUGUUAGUACAAAUUUUUUUUCCCUUUUUUUUCUUUUGCCCUGAGCCUCUCGGUAAAGCAGGGGAGCUCUUAAUGGCAGCUUUGCCUCUGAGCUCUCCCUUCUCUCCCCCCUCCGUCUUUUCACCCUCUCCUUUGCCCUGCUCCAGUCUGAGAGGCGGGGGAGAGUGAAGUGCAUUCGCAAGUAUUCCUGCUGCUUGUAAUGCACGCUGUUUGCUUCCACUGCUCAAAGUGGCGUGACUGAUACACCCAAAUUAACCAAGACGAUGAAUUUGUUUGUUUUGUAGCACUUUACUCUGCUUUCAGAGGUGUGCAUGUCACGGUGGCUCUGGGAGCUGCUAUUUAGCUGGAAAACCUUUUAAAGGUUAGAGCCACUUUGAUGUCCAAAGCAGUAUUCCAGUUUAGCAGCAGAUUUUCGUUUUCCCGAAUGUAAUUUUAACUUUUUUUUUUGCAGAGCCACAGUACAAUCUGUUUCCUUAUACCUCACGUUAGCUUUGUUAGGUUGCACGUCCAUGAACCACUGGAAUGGGCUCAGAUGCCGACUCUAUUAUUAGAGCGAUUAGUGACGCAGGUCUGACUCCAGAACUCUAAGUUUCUGGUUUAUUGAACAAAUACAAUGAGAUAAAGAGGUCCAGUGAGGAAGGGCAAGCUCAUCCUGCUCGGAGAGGGUUUUUUUAGCAGAUGAGUGCACACACACACACACACACACAAACACACAAAAGGAUAUCAAAUUAGAGGAAAAACAAUAACAGUAAUUAGUAGUGACCAUGUAAGGCUCUGGAAAUCUGCUGGAGAGAUGCACGUUAGUCAUUGUCGAUAGUAGAUAGUUCAUGAUUUGGCGUUUUGACAAUGUGUGUUUGAGGCAAGUCGUUUCAUACACCGUAGACAGCAUUCAUAUUUGCCAAGCAAUGAAAGGAUGACUUUGUGUAUUUAAAUACUCUACCAUGUUCCAGAAUAUGCUCCACGUUACAGCUGUUUAAAAUUAUUAAGUUAUAAUAGAUAAUAGGUUGUUUUUACACGUGAAGUUGCUGGUAACAAAGAUGGAAAGUUGUGAUACUGUUAAAAUGUUUUUUUUUCCUUUCUUAAAAAAGUUGGGAAUUCCGCGCUCCUGCGUGGUGACGGUAACUUGCGAUUACAACUGCUUUUAUAAAUGUACUCUCUUUACACGGUUCGAACCUGGAAUGCUCCUGUUUGAUAUGGUUCACCAGCUGCAAACAGGACUGCCUUUGCUUUUCAGAUUGGGCUGAGUUAAAGGGGACCAAUUACGGUUAUUCUAAUGUUCUAAUAAUAUUUUUAUUCUAGCGUAGCUUUGCAUGAUUCACAGUUCAAAAUAAUCAUUUUUUUCAACCUGAAAAGCUGUUCAAGCGUCUUUCUCUGAAAGGCCACCCGACCUUUGAGCCAACUUUACUCUGAUUGGCUGCCCCUCAUAAGCAAGCCUGAACAGCAGGUGGGUGGGGCUUUAGUGCCUGAGAUUACUCUAUAAUGAUAUCGUCAUUCUGGAAAAGGUAACACCCACCUUGCGUUCCUUUGGCUCAUAUAGAUAAAUAGAAGUGUCUGAAAUCAGAGCUUUUGGAUGACAGGGAUUGUUUGCACAUAUUUGAAACUUUGGUCAUGUUCGAUAUGAGCCUCCCUCAUGUUUUAACUGUGUGGCAGAAAAUCUGUAAAUGUAUUUUUUAUUUGUGACACAUUAUGUUAAUUAAAACAGGAGAAACACUGGACUUCUCUGUGAAACUGUCACACUGUGCUGGAUAUAAGCCUCAAACAGUGCCAGUUCCAUGCCUGACUAACUAGCACAAUCUAAUGAUACCAAGCCAUCUCACUGAUUACGAUACCACUAUAUUGUUAAAACGCCUCUGUUUUGUUAACAUUCCACCAUAUGUGUGUUCAGAGCCUCAGAGCAUGGACAAUCAGGUACAUCAUCAACAAGUGCACUGCUGUAUUUCCGUCUACACAAGGACUUCUUAGAAUCCUCAGACAAAAAUGGCUAAAUGACGUCUAAGUUUAGGCAUAUAAGCAAGCAGGCAUUAUCUAAUCUUUUAUGGAACCUUUAAUGUAUAUUGUUGGGUUUGCAUGCCAGGAUUUGCCUGAGCCCCAGCUGCGUCCCUACCAUGCUUACAUGCCAGCAAUGAAACCUCCCCUCUUGGCUUUUGGGGGACAGUUUAAGAAAAGAACUUCAGAGCAUUUAGAUGCAGCGCUGCUCUGCUCAGGGUGAGAGCUGCCAGGUUUCUGUGGGACAACCCCCCCCAAAACCCCAAAGAAAUGUGACUGGAAAGCAAAAACGGAUUUUGAAGAUUUGAGUCACUUCUUUUCUUUAAUGUCUAAAGGUCCUAUCUGGGAUGUUCUCUCUAUUAAAGAGACUGUUUUCUUCUGGUAUGUAAGGGAGAGCAUCACGGGCAUCACCACAGCCAUGCAAAAACGGCAAGAUGGCAUACGUUUCUGACCCGAAACACGAUCGUUUUGUUCAUUUGGACUCUGUUGACAGGAAGGCGCACGAUCCGCUGAAUGACACAAGAGUCUGCCGAGUAAAACUGGAACAAGGAGGUCGGCUCAAAGAAGUGCCUGCUAUUUUCACAGGCAUAGUGAGACGAUAAAUCCAGUAUUUCAUCUUGAAUAGACAGGAGAAGAAAUGAUGAGGUGUCUUCUUCUUCUUUUGUCAGAUUUUUAUUUAUUUGGGGGGGUUUUUUUGCAUCAUUUUCUUCCAAUCAUCCUGCAAAACUGAGGCUAAACCCAGUCAUUUACUGUUGAGUGGAGUUAUUCAUUGAUGAAAACGCAUGAUAGGGGACAGGAUAGUGAACAUUGGUAUCAGCUGGACGUAAAAUUCACCUGCUGGCAACUAGCAACACAGAGAAGGCAAUAAUCUGACAGUGUAGUGGUCAAAGCAUGUUUCUGCUGCCCCCAAGUGGCCAAAAAAGUUAAAGCAGCUACAGUGUUUGUGGUUGCCUUGGUCCUGGUCUGACUAUGAACAUUUCUCUGCAUUGAAUUUUUGGCUUGUGAAUGAGACCUCAUCAUUUCUUCCGACCCCACGACACAGCAGACCUCUGCAGUGGCUUACUGAACUGUUACUUGCUAGUGCAACCCCCCCAUACCCCCCACCAACCCCCUCCCAGCCUUUCUCACCCCAUCGUUUAUUAAGAGACUGAAUGUAAGUGAGAGAUUAUGUAUGAAGCAAGUUCUACGCCACUGGAUCAUACAAGUUUCUUCUUUGUUAACAGCUUGUCGUUUUAUAAUUGUGUUAAUAGUGCAUGCUGUUUCAUUUUACAAGAGCCACAAUGUGGUGUUACAUUUCAGAGCUGCUGUACAGCGUGGUAUGUGAACUGGAAUUAUGGGAAAGGCCAUUUUCAUGUUAUUCCAUGGCUACAGGGCAGCCAGAUUCAAUCUUUUCAACAUUGUCAAAAGCAGAUGGAUGACUAUAUGUAAGUUUGAGAAUGAUGUUGUACUUUUGUGGGAUUUGUAUUAGGCUGCUGUGUACCACAGACCAGCAUGCAUUGAUUCUUCCUUAAAUCCAGGGAUUACUACGCUUUGGAAUUAUUACAUAAUUAUGUUAAAGACAUAAUUUUCAGUAACAGUAGCCCAGGUCAUCUUUUGGGGAUCUCAUAUGACACAUGUGUAGGAGUCUGUGUAUUUUAAGCCUUUACAGCAAGAGAGCUUGAGCGACAUUAAGGUCAUCUGAUCAAAAAUCACUUUAUGUUGAGAGAUGAAGAUGUAUUUUCUUGUAAAUAAAACGAUACAAUGCAA